AUGGACUUAUUCUCACUAGCUGGUCACUGUAUCGGCAUGCACCAACAAGAUCCCGAGACCGAAUUCGUGAUGAGCUACCUGGAAGGGCUGCAACCGGAUUACAUAUUUGUUUUGUUGCGAUAUGUACUGGAGCUCCAGGACUAUAGAUAUGUCAAAAGGCGGGAUGAUGAAAUUCUGGAAAGAUAUAGGGCUGGAAUUGGUAGAAUGAGCAAAACGACGAAAAAGCUCUUCCUCGAACUCGACAGCCCCUAUAAAUGUGAUGGUUACAAAAUGGACUAUCUGAAUAGAUUCAUUGAUGUUUUGGAGAAAAAUGGCAAUGUAUCGACACUGAACUUCAAAUAUGAUGAACCAGCCUUUCUCACCUCAAACCCUCGAAAACGUCUAAGAAAUGUAUUGAAUAGAUGCAAAAAUUGCUACCCGAUCGAUUUGUCGGAACCGUUUAUAGACCGCCAGAACCAAAUCCUCAAAACCUACGACAAAAUUCGGAAGCUCGCCUACUUUGACAAUACUUGUCACCUGACGGAUGUGGGACUCGGGCGAAUUGAGAAGCCGUUCCAGCAAGCCGUCGAGAAAGCCUUAAACCAUACGCUUAAACAU